AUGGCGAGCAGCAAACCGGACGCCGCUCCUCGAGCAAAACCCCAACGCGUCCUCGCGUGCGUCCUCUGCCAACAGCGCAAGAUCAAGUGCGACCGCAAGUUCCCCUGUGCACAUUGCACAAAACACCAGCUACAGUGCGUGCCUGCGACGCAGAACCGGCCCCGGAGGCGGCGGUUCCCAGAGAGGGAGCUUCUCGACCGCCUGAGGAAGUACGAGGGCCUACUGCGACAGAAUAAGGUCGAUUUUGAACCGCUUCAUGGGGACCUAGGUGCCAGGUAUGGAAAGUCUGUGGAUGAUAGCGGUGGGUCGGACGACGAGCACCGAUCCGAAGAAGUGGGAAUGCCCUCGCCGUCAAUCACUGUGAAAUCUGAAACCUCAUAUGAGCCCAAGAACUUUUGGCAUCUGGUGAGCCCAGAGCUAGAGGAGUCGCAUGCUGGCUUGCGAGAGACAAUUAGGCAAACGUGGGAUCAAGCCUGCGAUAGCGAUGAUCACAUCCUCUUCGGCUCCCCAGACCGGUCAUCCGUCGACCUCUCAACCCUUCAUCCCGAGCCCGUUCACAUCUUUCGACUCUGGCAGAUUUACCUUGACAAUGUCAAUGCACUGCUUCGAGUGACGCACGCCCCCAGCUUCCAAGCGCGCAUCAUUGAAGCUGUGAGCAGCGUCGACAACAUGAGCCCGGCGUUGGAGGCUCUCAUGUUCAGCAUCUACUCCAUGGCUAUCAUGAGUCUCUCCGAUGACGCAUGUUACGAUACUUUCAAGCAACCGAAAGCCCUGCUCUUGACCAAGUACCAGUUUGGAUGCCAGCAAGCUCUUUCAAACAGUCAGUUCUUGAGAACUAAUGACGUUGACUGCCUGACUGCGUUAUUUCUCUACCUCCAUGUAAGCCGUCCCAGCGCUCACAUUCGAUCAAUAUCAUCGCUCCUCGGCGUUGCCAUUCGCAUCGGCCAACGCAUCGGUCUCCAACACGAAUCUGCCAACACCAGGUGUACCAUCCUAGAGGCCGAGAUGCGCCGCAGGCUUUGGUGGUCCUUGGUACUCUUCGAUGCCCGCAUGAGCGGCUUAACCGAGCACAAGGCUACCAAUUUGACCCCGACAUGGGACUGCGCCGUGCCGAUGAACGUCAGCGACUCUGACCUCCGAGCGGAGAUGAAGGAACCGCCGAGGGCGGAGAUGAAAGUCAGCGAGGCGCUUUUCUCAGUCGUGACGGCCGAGCUUGCCGACUUUGCUCGGCACACCUCCUUCUACCUCGACAUGACGAACCCGAUCUUGAAGCCUAUCGCCAAGGAGCUACCUGGCGGCGGCAAGGUGGAUUGGUUGGAGAAGUCAGUAGAUGAUAAGUACUUCCGGUACUGCGACCUCGAGAACCCAACUCAUUUCAUGGCUAUGUGGAUGUCACGCGCAUCUCUUUCCAAGUUUCGCCUGAUGGAAACGUUCCACAGCUUCUACGAAGGCCCAGUCGAGGAGAAGCACCGCAUCACGUUGACCAGUGCUCUAAGGUGGCUUCAGUGCGAUGCGAACCUGUCAGCCUCUCCCCUGACCCAGAGAUUUCGAUGGUUUCUCCAGAUCUACUACCCGUUCCCAGCCUAUAUCCGCAUCACACAGUUUCUCAAACUAAAUCCCCUGGAUCCCAAAGGGGAGUACAUUUGGAACGCCAUGAGCGAUCAUUUCGAGGCUCGGUUUGAGAAGCUCGAGCCGGGGUAUAACCCUGUCUUUGUCCCAUUCACUGAGGUCAUCAUCAGCACAUGGGAGGUGGUGGCAACGGCGCUCAGGGAAUCAGGCCAGCCGAUAAUCCCGCCCAGAAUUGUAGGCAAGGUUCAAGAAAAGCUGGUAGAGGUGACGCCGGCUCUGAGUCCACAGUCUUCCGAUACCGGACCCAAGGCCGAAAUUAUGAACAUGAACUCCUACGACUUUAGUGCAUCUUUUCCGAUGGACAUUGUUGGCCAGAGUCUCACUUACGACCAGGGCGGCUUUCCGCCAACAGACAGCGGUCUGUACUCGAAUAUUAAUGUACCAGACAUGCGAGGCAUCAACAUCGAUCAGUUCAACUGGGACUCAUUGGACUUGGGGCAAAACUGGCAAGCGACAUGA